GAGUGGCUGUGAGCUGUUUGGCAAGUUCAACAUGCCCAGUCUUUUGCAGAGAGGAGACAUCAUGAUUGGGGGCAUUUUCCCGAUUUUUAACAAAGAGCUAGGCAGCACCUCAACAUUUCGGCAAAACCCUCCUGGAAUCAAGUGCGCAGGGUUUGACCUGCGAGCUUUUCGAUGGACUCAAGUGAUGGCAUUCGCAAUUGAAGAGAUCAACAAAGAUACAGCCCUCCUGCCAAACAUAUCACUUGGGUACAGAAUACUCAACUCAUGUGCAUCUUCCACCAACACUUUACGUGCGGCUCUAACACUUGCUGGUGGAAAAGAAGAAACAGAACGUGGCUCAUCUUGUCUGCCGGUGAUAUCUGCCCUCGUAGCUGAGUCUGGAUCUUCCCAGUCUCUUGCUGUCGCCAGCACACUUGGACCUUUUCAAGUACCAAUCGUGAGUUACUUCUCAACAUGUGCCUGUUUAAGUGACAGAUCAAAGUAUCCUACAUUUUUUCGAACGAUUCCCAGUGACUAUUUCCAGGCAAAAGCUUUGGCGGCCCUGGUCAAACGCUUUGGCUGGCGGUGGAUCGGAGCCAUACAGUCCGACGACGACUACGGGCGUCACGGGGUCCUCGCCUUCAAAGAAGAAGUUAGAAAGUUUGGGGUUUGUGUGGCAUUCGUCGGAACAAUUCUGCGCACAUACUCUAUGGACAGGCUCCAAGCUGUUGUGGAAAUGAUCAAGCGAUCGAGCGUUAAAGUUGUUCUUGCAUUUGCACCCGAGGGUGACUUUUAUCCUUUGAUGAAGGAGAUUGUGAAACAGAACAUCACAGGGCUCCAGUGGAUCGCCAGUGAGGCCUGGAUAACAGCCCUUCGAUCGUCCAACCCGGAAAUUUACCAAGCUUUCGGUGGGGCCCUCGGCUUUGUGGUGCCCAAGAUGGCGAUUCCAAAGUUGAAGCCUUUCCUCGCGGGCAUCACUCCUUACGCAGACGCGAGUGCGGCAUUUGUGAGGGAAUUCUGGGAGAUAAUGGUCGGCUGCAAGGCCGUUCUACCAGGGGAGCAAGCCGACACCUCACAUGAAAUGUGCAGCGGCAACGAGACGUUAAUGAAAUCCCAGGAUGAUUUCUUCAAUGUCACUCAGCUCAGAGUCUCUUACAAUGUGUACAAAGCUGUUUAUGCCAUUGCACACGCUCUGCACCAUCUGCUUUUCUGUAAAUCCGCUCGUGAAAAACCAGGAAGGCCGUGUAUGAACGUGUUAGACAUUCAGCCAAAACAGGUGACCCAUCACCUCCAAAGGGUAAAAUUUAAGAACCAAUUUGGUGAUUAUGUCUUCUUUGAUGAAAAUGGCGAUCCGCCGGCUUCGUAUGACCUGAUCAACUGGCAGCUGAUAGACGGGAAAGUGAAACACGUAACACUGGGUCACUUUGCCAUGGCUGAUAACGGCGACUAUGACCUGAGCAUCGAUGAGGAGCAGAUAGUGUGGCGGACGGGCAAAAUGGUUCCACUUUCGGUAUGCUCGGUGGAAUGUCCGGCGGGGACCAGGAAAGCUCAAAUUAAGGGAGAACCCAUCUGCUGUUUUGACUGUAUCCCGUGCGCUGAUGGGACUGUAGCCAACACGACAGGUGCGGCAGACUGCACGCCAUGUCCACAAGAAUUCUGGUCCAAUGAGCAGAGGGAUGAGUGUGUUCCAAAAACCAUUGAGUUCCUGACCUAUUACGAGCCGAUGGGCAUCGCUCUGACUGCCGUGUCGCUGCUGGGGGCCUCGCUGUCGCUGGCCACCAUGCUCGUUUUCAUCUACUUCAGGCACACUCCGGUGAUCAAGGCCAGCAACUCGGAGCUGAGCAUCUUUUUGCUGUUUUCUCUCCUUUUGUGCUUCCUCUGCCCCCUCACGUUCAUCGGCAGACCCACGGCGUGGGUGUGCAUGCUGCGCCAUACGGCGUUCGGAUUAACGUUCGCUCUCUGCAUCUCCUGCGUCUUGGGCAAGACGAUUGUGGUCGUGACGGCUUUCAAGGCCUCAUUCCCCGGCGCCAAGGCUGCUGGAACGUUCGGACCGACACGGCAGCGGAUUAUUGUUUGCUCGUGCACUCUGGUGCAAAUACUAAUAUGUGCUCUUUGGCUCAAAUUAAACCCACCCUUCCCAGCCAUGGUUUUCAGAUACAGCAAUAAGAUCAUUUUGGAAUGCAACACUGGCUCUGAAGCGGCGUUCUACGCGGUGCUGGGUUACAUAGGCUUUCUUUCAAUUAUAUGUUUAGUGCUAGCAUUUCUCGCAAGAAAGCUGCCGGAUAACUUUAACGAGGCCAAAUUUAUCUCAUUUAGCAUGCUGAUAUUUUGCGCAGUCUGGAUCACUUUCAUCCCGGCGUACGUCAGCUCUCCUGGCAAGGUGACCGUCGCUGUGGAGAUAUUUGCCAUUUUGUCUUCAGCUUUUGGUUUGCUAGUCAGCAUUUUUGCACCUAAAUGUUUCAUAAUAUUAAUAAAGCCAGAAAAGAACACCAAAAAGCACGUCAUGGGGAAAAUGUUUAACACUGGUCCUUGAGAUGAUUGAACUUGCAGUUUAUCUCGACCAGUUUAUGAUGUAAAAUGACAGGAAAGGUGUAUGAAUGUAUUGUGGUUUUGUGAAAAUAUGUACUGUAGAACCGAAUGGAGAUUUUACUGGGAGGAAAAAAGAAAAACAAUCUGUAAAACUGUUGACUGAUUUCCCACGUUGUUGCUUUCCCAGCAUGCAUUGUUUAGAAUCAAAGACUAGCUGCAGCCAAGUGACCAGGGUUCAGGUUAGGCUAACCCUGACUCUAACUAUUAAAUAAAGGUAUAUCGAGGAUAUACAUUUUGGCCGACUGCAUUUUGUAUAUAGUGGGUAGACUAGCUCGAAUGAGAUCCAAUACAAAACACGGUUUGCAUUAAAGACCACUGCAUCACACUGAGUGCUGUUUCUCAUAUUUUGGUGAACAUAUUUCGCGAAAGUAAAGCUACAUAAUGGAAGUAAAACUUGUUCAA